AUGAAGACGGCAUUAAUGGUGGCUGAAAAGCCGUCCCUGGCUCAAAAUCUAGCAAAUAUUCUCAGUAAUGGAAAAUGCAAUACCAACAAGGGCUCAAAUUCAGCUUGCGCAGUUCACGAAUGGUCAGGCACUUUCAAGAACGAACCUGUGAAAUUUAAAAUGACUUCAGUAUGUGGUCAUGUGAUGAGUUUAGAUUUCACUGGCAAAUAUAAUAAUUGGGAUAAAGUAGAUCCUGUUGAACUAUUCAUAUGUCCUACGGAGAAGAAGGAAGCGAUGCCAAGACUUAGGAUUCCAGCAUUCCUAGCUCAAGAGGCUAGAGGAUGUGAUUAUCUUAUUCUUUGGUUGGAUUGCGAUAAAGAAGGGGAAAAUAUAUGUUUUGAGGUUAUGUCCUGCGUUCAGAACUACAUGAAAGGCGACGUUUACUCACCAGCGGUGACGUUUCGAGCGCGUUUUUCAGCGAUCACAGAUAAAGAUAUUAAAUCAGCAAUGAUGAAUCUGGUUAGACCAAAUGAAAACGAAUCGAGAAGUGUUGAUGCGAGACAGGAAUUAGAUUUGCGUAUUGGAUGUGCCUUCACGAGAUUCCAGACGAAGUAUUUUCAAGGUCGUUAUGGUGAUUUAGACGCGUCUCUCAUAUCAUAUGGUCCUUGCCAAACUCCAACACUUGGUUUCUGUGUCCAACGACACGAUGAUAUACAGACCUUCAAACCUGAAACGUAUUGGGUAUUGAGAGUGACUGCAUCUACCUCCGAGGGUAGAGAACUUCCCCUUGAAUGGAAACGCGUUAGAAGUUUCGAGAAGGACAUAGCAAACAUGUUCCUUGUAGGCAUCAAGGAAUUCAAGGAGGCAACAGUGGUUAAUAUUCAAGCUAAAGAGAAGAUUAAGUCUAGACCGACCGCUCUUAACACUGUUGAGUUAAUGAGAGUAGCAAGCGCUGGUCUAGGUAUGGGCCCACAUCACGCUAUGCAGAUAGCUGAACGUCUGUACAUUCAAGGUUAUAUAUCAUAUCCUAGAACAGAAACCACCAGUUACGGAGAGAAUUUUGAUCUUAUCGGCAGUCUGCGUCUACAACAGAAUUCUAACAAGUGGGGUUCAGAGGUGCGAGCUUUACUAGCUAAUGGCAUCAAUAAGCCUAAAAAAGGCCACGACGCGGGCGAUCAUCCACCGAUCACUCCUAUGAAGCCCGCCUCCGAAUCUGAGCUCGAAGGUGACAUGUGGCGUAUAUACGACUACAUCACGCGACACUUCAUAGCGACCCUGUCUAAAGACUGUCGCUACCUCAGCACGACACUCACGUUCAGUGUGGGCUCGGAAACGUUCUAUUAUACUGGCAACACACUGGUUGAUGCUGGCUACACCGAGAUCAUGCAUUGGCAGGCCUUCGGUAAGGAUGAGUUCGUUCCUGUACUGAAGGUGGAGGAGGUGCUCCGAGCUCACGACCACCGACUAGUGGAGUGUCAGACAUCGCCCCCGGACUACCUCACGGAGUCUGAGGUGAUAACACUGAUGGAGAAGCACGGUAUCGGUACAGACGCGUCAAUACCUGUUCAUAUCAACAACAUAUGUCAGAGGAACUACGUGAGUGUGGGCAGCGGACGACGGCUGGUGCCUACUAGCUUGGGAGUCGUGUUAGUACAUGGAUAUCAGAAGAUCGAUCCAGAGCUAGUGUUACCAACUAUGCGAUCAGCUGUUGAAGAACAAUUGAACCUCAUCGCAAUCGGUCGAGCCGAUUUCCACGCGGUGUUGACUCACACCACCGAGAUAUUCAGGCGGAAGUUCCAAUACUUCGUGAGGUCCAUAGAAGCUAUGGAUCAGUUGUUCGAAGUUAGCUUCUCAUCGCUCAAGACCAGCGGGAAGGCGCUGUCUCGUUGCGGCAAGUGUAGGAGAUACAUGAGAUACAUACAGGCCAAGCCGGCUCGUCUCCACUGUUCGCACUGUGACGACACGUACACCCUCCCUCAACACGGCACGGUCCGUAUAUACCGCGAGCUCAAGUGUCCUCUGGACGACUUCGAGCUGUUGUCCUGGUCCAGCGGGAGUAAGGGGAAGAGCUUCCCGCUCUGUCCCUACUGCUACAAUCACCCGCCCUUCAGGGAUAUGAAGAAAGGUUUCGGUUGUAACUCGUGCACUCACCCCACGUGUCCGUACGGAGUCAACUCGACGGGCGUGUCCGGGUGUGUGGAGUGUGACGGAGUGUUAGUGUUGGACCCGUCCGCUCCUAAAUGGAAACUGGCGUGUAACCGAUGUGACGUCAUCAUCAACAUCUUCGAGGACGCUAGCCGCGUGUCGGUGUGCGAGUCGUCGUGCGCGUGCGGCGCCCAGCUGGUGUGUGUGGAGUACCGCGCGGAGAGGACCCGCCUGCCGGCCGCGCUCACCGAGAUGACUGCCUGCCUGUACUGUGAGCCGGCGUUCAGCGCGCUAGUUGAGAAGCAUCGCGCGGUGGCGCCCCGUAGCGGAGGAUCGCGAGGACGAAGUGCCCGCGGUAGAGGGAAACAUCGGAACAAACAACCCAAAGAUAAAAUGGCCCAACUAGCGGCGUAUUUUGUAUAA